GAUUGAUGCGGCAGGAGAAGCUGUCAUAACUAUAGUCCACAGCAAAGUGGAAGGAUGUCCUUUUGCAGGUUCGUAGCAUCUGUUCUUGUUACAGUUUGCAUCUAUCCAGCCUUGUUUUUGGUCUCCACUGUCAUCCACUUUGCCCAAGCUGUCUUGCCUCCUGGAAUUGACCAGCCAUUAAAGCUCCGUCUUGCUCAUAUUAUAUUCAUCUCCCUGUUCCCUCUGGGAGAUAUUGGGAAGAAGCUGGGGCUGUUCUCUAUUUUUGAUGUUUUGAGGCUUGUAGCAAAUGGAAUCCCCCCCUUCCCGGAUGCAUCCCUUCUCAUUCAGAACCAGCAGUUUGACGAGGUGCCAGUCAGGGUUUAUCAGCCUAAAAAAACAACUACUGGAAAAAGGAAAGCUUUCGUUUUUAUUCAUGGAGGGUCUGGUACCUUUGGAAGUCCUGAUGGCUACGAGAGAUUAUUGCGGCAUAUUGCCAAGGAAUGUGGAGUGGUGGUUGUAGCUGUGAGGUAUGGACUUGGUCCAGAGAACCCUUACCCAACCCAGUAUGUUGCAUGUCUCAGGGCCCUUGUCUACUUCAUGAGGAAUGUUGCCGAUUAUCGUGUGGACGCUUCCCGUAUUAUUGUCGGGGGGGACAGCUGUGGGGCCUGUUAUGCCACCCGGGUUUGCCAGUUGCUGGUGGACAGAAAAGAUCUCCCCAAGGUUCAUGCCCAGGUGUUGAUGUAUCCAGGACUGCAGGGAAUGGACUUAAACCUGCCUUCCUAUCAGCAGAACAGUCACGUGCCUAUCUUGUUCAGGCAGCUGGUAGCCCAUUAUGUUUGCCUUUACCUGGCUAAGAAUACUUCCCUUGCAAAUGAUGUCCUGGAAGGCUGCCAUGUUCCUGAGCAUAUCAGACUGAAGUACCAGAAAUGGGUAAAUGGAGACCUCAUUCCUGAAGAAUUCAAAGUCAGAGGCUACAAACCGCAAGACCCCAAAAUACGUAAAUUUAAACCCAAGGUGUAUGAAGAAAUGAAACAAGUAUUGGAGUUGUCAUUUUCACCACUUUUUGCUGAAGAUGCCAUCAUCCGCAAGCUUCCACAGACAUGCAUUUUGACCUGUGAGUUUGAUGUGCUUAGGGAUGACGGGCUUCUGUACAAGAAGCGGUUAGAGGACAAUGGUGUGCCUGUAAAAUGGGUCCAUCUUGCAAAUGGCUUUCAUGCGGUGGCCAUUUCUUUUGGCUAUGGGAUCCUGUCAUUUCCGACAGCAGAUCAGACUGUGAACGGUGUAGUGGAAUUCGUCAAAUCUUUAUAAGGCAAAGGGACAAGGAAACAAAUGGUCUUCUACCACCCUCUCCUGAAAUGCUGAGCCCACAUAAUCUCUAAAGAAGUGAUGUUGGCUAAGGCCCCCUGCCACUCACCAAAAAAACCCAAAACAAAUGUGUAGUACAAAUGGUUGUAUCCCCAUAGCUGCCAAGUUAUCCCUUUUUUAAAGGGAUUUUCCCUUAUGCUGAAUAGGCUUCCUCGCGAGAAAAGGGAAAACUUGGCAGCUAUGGGGAUACAACCAUUUGUACUACACAUUUGUUUUGGGUUUUUUUGGUGAGUGGCAUUAAAUCCAACACAGAGUACACCUAUUGAGAUGAAUGUACAGUACCUAAGUUAGUCAUGCUCACCAAUUUCAGUGUGUCUACUCUGAGUAGGGAUACCAUAAUAGAAACCAAAUUGUUGGCAUACAUCUGUCUCGGGAGACAAUGGAAGAAUGUGCCUUUGAUUGUGAGGUCAAACUGUUGGAAGGUCGCAGUGCCUGCUGUGGCUGUAAGGACUGAUGCAGGAAAGAUAUGUUUUGUUGCAUCUGGGGCAGAUGGAGGCACCCAGUUGUGCCGCUGUAGAUACACCAUGGCGUUUCUUCCCCCAGGGAACAUUCCUCCUCUGCGGUUGUCUGCAAGGGAUUAUCACAUGGCUGGGUUGAUGUUGCCAACCUUCACAUCUUUUUUUGGAACUCUGUCCUGCCAUGUGAUACGCCAAAUCCUCCUGAGACAGUACAUGUGGAAGGUGUCGUGGCAUUGCUCGUAAAGGUUGCCCACGACUCACUUCCAUAAAGCAGCAUGCUCAACACACAAGUGGUCCUGUAUACCUGAAGGAGCAUCUCCACCCCCGUCGUUCAGCCUGGACACUGAGAUCCAGCGCCGAGGGCCUUCUGGCGGUUCCCUCAUUGUGAGAAGUGAGGUUACAGGGAACCAGACAGAGGACCUUCUCGGUAGUGGCGCCCACCCUGUGGAACGCCCUUCCAUCAGAUGUCAAGGAAAUAAGGAGCUAUCCUAUUUUUAAAAGACAGCCCUGUUUAGGGAAGUUUUUAAUAUUUAAUGCUGUAUUGUUUUUAACACUUGAUUGGGAGCUGCCCAGAAUGGCUGGGGAAACUCAGCCAGAUGGGCGGGGUAUAAAUAAUAAAUUAUUAUAAUUAUUAUAAGCUUGGUAGACCUUCAUCUUGGCAUUGGAUCUUAGUAUCAUAUUCUCCCAUACCCUUUUGGAGAGGUGAGCCAUUGCCAUAAUAGCCUUUCCAAUAUACUUGUCCAGCUCAGCAUCAAUGGAGAGGUUGCUGGUCAUGGUGGAACCUGGGUAGACAAAUUUGUCUGCCAUCUUGCCUACUCUGAGCAUAAUAUAAACCAAACAAUGCAUUAUUUAUUCAGGGACAAAACAAGGGCUUUCUUUCACUCUGGUCAAAGACUCUGAUCAGUGCCAUCCCAUGUGUGAUUGCAUGCACAUGUACACACACACACACACACACACACACCCUUCAACAAAUUUGUUCUUGAAGGGCAUAAAAAAAAGCAAUAUGAUAUUUGAAUACACACACACACAAAAAUUUUUAUUGGUUUCCAACAUAAUUUAAGCAACAAAAUAUCCAACAGGAUAUUUGGGGGUGAAUAGGAGUCGCAGGGUAGGGUGCCUGGGAAGGGAGGACAGGGCAGGAGAGAAGCCCAGACAGUAAAAUAGUUGGGAGGCUGAGAGCAGCUAUGGCGCCUUCUGGAGACUUCACCCUGGGCAAAAUUCCUGGCUAAAAUGCCCUUAGUUAUGCCACCGAUUUAUUUCUUUAACAUAUUCCUAUCUGCCUUUCUCCCAAACUGGGAUUCAAGGAAGCUUCCAACAUAUGAGAAACAUUGUAAAAUACAAAGCAAGAAAAACAAACUACUUAUAAGCAAUAAUUAAAAUAAUGUACAUCAGAACAUGGAAGUGAGAGCUGGACCAUAAAGAAGGCUGAUCGCCGAAGAAUUGAUGCUUUUGAAUUAUGGUGCUGGAGGAGACACUUGAGAGUCCCAUGAACUGCAAGAAGAUCAAACCUAUCCAUUCUUAAGGAAAUCAGCCCUGAGUGCUCACUGGAAGGACAUGUCGUGAAGCUGAGGCUCCAAUACUUUGGCCACCUCAUGAGAAGAAAAGAAUCCUUUGAAAAGACCCUGAUGUUGGGAAAGAUUGAGGGCACUAGGAGAAGGGGACGACAGAGGACGAGAUGGUUGGACAGUGUUCUCGAAGCUACGAACAUGAGUUUGACCAAACUGCGGGAGGCAGUGGAAAACAGGAGUGCCUGGCGUGCUAUGGUCCAUGGGGUCACGAAGAGUCGGACACAACUAAACGACUAAACAACAACAACACAUCAGAACACAUUUAGAACCAGCAAUCAAAUUAUAACUUGCCCUGACAGCAGCCCAGCGGUUAGCACUGUCUUCUCCUUAGUUUCCAAAGGCUUCUCGGAACAAGAAUGUCUAAGCCUGCUGGCAGAAGGAUAACGAGGAGCAAGCCGGUCUAAGAGCACUUUGGGGAGGGGAUUCUGCAACACAGGAGCGGCCUCAGAAAGGGGUCUCAUUUGUGUCACCACCCACUGUGCCUCUGAUGUUGACUGGACUAAAAAAAAGGUGAUCACCUGGGCAGGUUCAUACAGGGAAUCUUUCAGGUAGCAUGGGAUAAGUCAUUGAUCCAUCAGUCCUAAGCCUGCCUUGAGCAUCAGAGCCUACCUGCAAACGCUACUGUAUAAUCCAGUGGUUCUCAAAGGGUGUGGCAUACCACACUGGUGUGGCAAGAGAGGAUGGCAAGUGUGGCAGGAAGAAUCCAGAACGGUCAAAGAAACAUUGAAAUAUUUCAGUGUAGUAUAGUGUAGUAUGAAAAUAAUUUUGUUUAGUUGAAGAAUAUGGAGAGUAGGGUGGGUCAUAAAAAACUUUUUUUGGAAAAUGUUUCCUCCCUUGAUCUUAUAUCAGGCGUAUGGUAUAAACAUACGGUAGUUGAAUUUCAAAUUUGGGACAAAUCGGUUAAUAUUUAGACCCUGCUCCUACAGAAUGAAAUUUUGCCUCACUACGAGUGAUGAAAACAUAGGAAUUUGACUCAUUUAUUCUCAGUAUGUUAAAUUGUGAACUAAUAAACAUAAAUUUUA